GCAAUGAAAAAUAAAGCUAUGUUGACCAAGUUUAUCCUGCUGGGCCUAACAGAUGUCCCUGAACUCCAGGUAGAUUUUGCAUUUCUGUUCAUCACCUAUUUGCUCAGCACCAUUGGAAAUAUGGCGAUCGUCAGCCUCACCUUGCUGGAUUUCCACCUUCAGACCCCUAUGUAUUUCUUUCUCCGGAACUUCUCUUUCUUAGAAAUUUCCUUCACAAACAUCAUUCCCAGGGUCUUGAUCAGCAUCACAACAGGGAACAGGAGUAUCAGCUUUGCUGGCUGCUUCACUCAGUAUUUCUUUGCCAUUUUCCUUGGGGCAAAGGAGUUUUAUCUUCUGGCUGCAACGUCCUAUGAUCGCUACGUGGCCAUCUGCAGACCCCUGCAUUACACGACCAUUAUGAACAGCAGAAUCUGUACCCAGCUGGUUCUCUGCUCUUGGCUGGCUGGGUUAAUGAUUAUUAUACCACCUAUCACCCUAAUGAGUCAGCAGGACUUUAGUGCAUCCAACAGGCUGAAUCAUUAUUUCUGUGACUUUGAGCCCCUUCGGGAACUCUCCUGUUCAGACACGAGCCUUGUAGAGAAGGUUGUCUUUCUUGUGGAAUCUGUGACCCUGGUGCUCACUCUGGUGCUAGUGAUUCUCUCCUAUGCAUUCAUCAUCAGGACUAUUCUAAAGCUCCCCUCUGCCUAGCAAAGGACAAAAGCCUUUUCCACUUGUUCUUCCCACAUGAUUGUCAUCUCCCUCUCUUAUGGAAGCUGCUUUUUCAUUUAUGUUAAGCCCUCAGCAAAAGAAAGGGACACAUUCAACAAAGGAGUAGCUCUACUGAUUACCUCAGUUGCCCCUUUAUUGAACCCCUUUAUUUACAUCCUAAGGAACCAGCAGGUAAAACAAGCUUUCAAGGAUGCCAUCAAAAAGCUUGUGAAUCUUAAGUAA